AACACUCUCAGCGUAGAACUCCACUAGUUUAGUUUUCUAACUAAAUUAUCAUGCAGCCACGCGAUCUUAUACGCAUUUUAUUAUUUUUCUGCUUGCGGUUUGCAAUUAACUUUUUGAUUCUCUACCGCCAACAACAAAGCGCCGUUCAGGCGGACCCGAAACGGCCUGGAACCCUGGCGAGUGUCAAAGGCUGGAGGGUGUAAAACCCGCACAGCUGAGUUCUAUUUUGCACGCGACAUUGAAUUUGACGAGAUGGAAGGUUGCAUUAAUUGCGUGGAUAACUUGCGGAAAUACAAGUGCAGCAAAUGCUCGGCCCCCUACUGCUCUGUGGCCUGCUACAAGGCACACAGGGACUCGCCCCAAUGCGCCACAAGGGAGGCCGAGCUGAAAACUACUGAAGCUGGCUACCAGGAGGAACCUACGCUCCAUGUGCCCUUCCCCACCGAUGACACAGUUGCCGCGGAGAAGCUCCAGCAAUUAGAAAGCUGCCAGGACCUUCGCAAUUUGCUCCACAAUCCUCACCUGCGUUCGCUGCUCCAGCAGAUUGAUGUGGCCAUCAAUGCCCAGUCGGCCAUGAUGGCCGCCAUGCAGGAGCCACUCUUUGUGGAGUUCGCGAAUGCCUGUCUGCAGGUCGUCGAACCGAUGACGGUUGCGGAGCGCACUGAAUUUGAGCUGUACUCCUGAAAUGAGUUCACAAAAACACAACUCCCGGUCUCAAUAAAACUAAGCCUUUAUUUUAUAACUUAA